AAACGAUGCAGUAGCAUCAAAUCUCGUAAUACGAAAAAAGGCGCUAUGAUAUUCAUUUCUCAGGAAUAGCAACAUUCAUCUCGAUUGUUUUAUCGACGAUCACGCAUUACAAAAUUGCUCCUUGGGUACGAAACAGGAGAAGCUGGGGUUAACGUCCAAUGAGCACCCACCUCCAAGAAAUGCCCUUCUAUUCUUAGCGGCCCACGGCACGUUAACCAUAACCUAGUGGACCAGCGUCGUAAGCAUUUCCCCUGAAAAACCGGGAACUUAGUGCCUGUCCGGCACGUGACGGCUCCACGUCCGCUGCAACCGCCCCUACCUAAUCUCACCGCGUUCCGAAAGCAAAACAAAGCGCCUUUCCUCAUUCUUUGAUCAACUUCCCAUCUUUUUUCCAUCCGUCCAUCAUUUCCUUUUUGUUGUCUGAAUUCUCUUUUUGGAUUCGGCAUUCUUACUUCCUCGUCACUCUCUUUAACUGCCAGAACGGCUGAUUUCUUGAUUACCAUUUCCGUAUAAUCACACUCACGCUCCUUUAAUAGAAUUAGCUUCCGGCUGGUGUGACCUUGCUCGACGUUAUACCAACCUGCUUAUACCACAUAUCGAUCACUUACCCGAGAAUCGAUAAUCUAUAUUCGCCAACAUGAAGGUUUCCGCUACCCUCGCUGCUGGUGCCCUCGCCCUCGGCGUUGAGGCCAAGAACUACCUCGGUUUCAACUCUGGUGCCACCCUCGCCAACCGUGCCGCCAAGUUCAAGGCCGACUUCCAGGCUGAGUUCGAGACUGCUCAGAACCUGAAGAGCGCUCCCGGCGACUUCAGCGCCGUCCGACUCUACACCAACAUCCAGGCCUACUCCGAGGAUGACCCCAUCGAGGCUUUCGAGGCUGCCAUCGACACCAAGACCGAGAUCCUCCUCGGUGUCUGGACUUCCGGCACUGACAACAUCGACAAGGAGAUCAGCGCCCUCAAGAAGGCUGUCGACAAGUACGGCUCCAAGCUGACCGACCUCGUCAUCGGUGUCUCCGUUGGUAGCGAGGAUCUCUACCGUAACUCCGUUACUGGCGUUAAGAACAAGGGUGGUGUCGGUGUUCAGCCUGAUGUCCUCGUUGACUUCAUCAACGACUUCAAGAAGGCUUUCAAGGGUACCCCCAUUGGCAAGAUCCCUGUCGGCCACGUCGACACCUGGGACGUCUGGGGCAACGCUACCAACAAGGCCGUCCUCGACGCCAUCGAUUUCAUCGGUGUGGAUGAGUACCCCUACUAUGAGAACGACAAGGGCAACAGCAUCGACAACGCUGCCAAGCUCUUCAACAAGGCGUACGAGGCCACCAUCGCCGCCUCCGGUGGCAAGCCUGUCUGGGUCACUGAGACUGGCUGGCCUUACAAGGGUCCCGACUGGGAUGAGGCUGUUCCUAGUGUGAAGAACGCUCAGAAGUACUGGCGCGACGUUGGCUGCAAGUACCUCUUCAACAAGACCCCCACUUUCUGGUACACUCUCCGCGACUCCAACCCCGACAACAAGAUGAAGUUCGCCAUCACUGAUAACCUCUCCACCACUCCUCUCUUCGAUCUCUCUUGCGACAAGGUUGACGAUGAGGAGACCACCAGCUCUGCCGUCCACUCCAAGACCAAGACCGAGUCCGGUGCUUCCAAGCCCACUCACGCUUCUAACUCCACCGCUACCUUCAUCACCUCUACUGCCUCUGCCACCAGCGGCUCUGGCGAUGAUGAGGAAGCUACUGGCACUGCCACCGCUACUGGCUCUGGUUCUAAGCCUACCUCUGGAUCCGGCUCCGGUUCUGAGUCUGGCUCUGGCUCUGGCUCUGGUUCAGAGGGUUCUGGAUCCAGCUCUGGCUCUGGUUCUGAGUCUGGUUCCAGCUCUGGUUCCGGCUCCAGCUCCGAGUCUGGCUCUGCCCCUGCUGAGACUCCCAGCACUAUCACCAACGGUGCUGCUUCUCUCGGCGUCUCCACUGUCGCCCUUGCCUUCCUUGCCCUGUUCGCUCUGUAAAUAUCCUGAAUGGAUCGUGGGUUGAAUGACGCCCAUUGCGUGUCUUGACUUUUUUCUCGCGCCCGAGAUCUGUUUCUUGUAUUAGUUCUGGGUAGAUUAGGAUAGACAAUGGUUGACUCUAUUUCCUUCUGACUAUAAGAAAGCGUGCCUUCUCCAGAACCCUUUGUGCUAUAUCCAUUGUUGACUCAACCGUCUGCUAACGGUUUACAACGGCUUUCAUGUUAACUCUUCAUACCCGCAAUUCUAAUUGGCUCGGCUCAAGUGGGGCCGGGUAUUUCAUCCCAACUCAGCUGUGAUACCAUCAAGUCGAGCAACAGCGCAAAAAGAACAAAGUCACAAAAACAUCGAGAGCAGGGAGAGCAAAAGAGAAGGGUCUGGCCGGGGAUUGAACCCGGGACCUCUCGCAAGCUAUGCUAUAGGGUUUUCCCUAAGCGAGAAUCAUACCACUAGACCACCAGACCGAGUUUGUCCAUUAGACUGUUGAAACAAUCACGUGAUUGUUCCGUGCGUCUGGUGCUGCUAUGUCCGAGCAUUUCGCUGCUUGACGAUCGGCGGCCUCUAGGGUGGUUAGCCAUGUUGAUUUACAAGAACAACAGUAAAGCCUGCCCUAUGGCCUCAAAUCGGUGCAGAUGCGCGUUUCUUAGCGGAUCAAGAAUAUGCCUCAAUAUAUUAUAGAAGUUCUAUGCUAUUUCAAAAGCCGUUUGUCCAUGUGUCUGUCGUACGUUGUUGGCGAUAGCACACUCGACUGUUUUGAAUGAGUUACAGCGCGAGAGGUUCUAUAGUUCAUCAUCGGAUUACUCGUCUGGUUGCCUCCUGUUACAUGAAGCUCUUGCAGUAACGGAGAAGGAUUCAUGACUAACAAUGAACAUGUGCUACCAGCGAUCGAAGCACAGCCGCAAAACCCACUAAUCUUCAUGCCAGUCGGAGUAUUUUUAGCCAAGCAUUGUGACACAAACAUUGGGAGCCGAUAACGACUGAAAGGUUCCGUAGGGGCGGAUUGACGAAUUCAAAGCUUACUCCACGAAUUCCUCCUGUGAUCAAUUCCAUUUCCGUUUAUCCACGGACAAGUUCUUCAAUCAAUUGUCAACUUCAUGACGUAGGUGCCUUAGGGGGCCGUCAGUUGAGAAAGGAGAUUGGGUGCGUUACCUUGAAUAACAAUGUUUCUUGAAAGAGUCCAUGUUGGAGAGAGACUUCUUUUGAAUGUCAUUCUCGACGAAAACUUGUAGAUUGGAGAGACAGGCAAAGACCUAAUCAGCCUUAUGGCAUCCUUCACUGCCGCAUUCAUCCAUCUGAGG